AGCAGUCAUAUUUUAUUCUUUGAUUUGUGAUUUCAGCAGUUUUUGUUCUGUUUCCUGAGUUUUCCGAGUACGUAGCAUCUGUAUUAUAGUCGCCUCCUGUGAGAAAAACGGGUUCUGGUGCUGACAUUGUAGUAACUGCAUAUAUAAUCUAGUCUAGACAAACUCCUUUUGCCUUUCAAUUUACCUUAUAAUGUUUGUUGAUCAAAGCUGUAUCAUGCGAAAGCUCUGAUAAUUGUGAAUCAAGGCCUUUUUGUCUCUCGAUGCACCUGUUGACAAUUACUAAUUUCUUGAUAAUCAUUGGCAGGAUUUGUGAACAUUAUAUCGACAUGAGAAGGACAAAGAUUUGCAUGGAAACUGAUCGAAUUAGCAGCCUUCCAUGUGAUGUCAUUGAUAACAUUCUUAAGUAUUUGCCUUUAUGUGAGGCAGUGAGGACAAGCGUCCUUUCAAGAGAGUGGCGGUAUCAAUGGGAAACUAUACCAUGUCUUGUAUUUGGUUCGACUUGCAAAGUAAACUUAUUGAGGAAGUACGACUGGGUUUCCAUUAUUGAUCAAAUACUUUUACUUCACAAAGGAAGCAUAACCAAGUUCUCACUCACAAUUGCUGAUUUGAAAAUGUGUCGUGGUAUCGACAACUGGCUGCGUUUCUUGUCGAACUGUCAUGUUGAAGAGCUCACCUUUUGUUUUGAUUUCCCAGACAGCCAUCCCGUGAUUUCUGAAUUUCUAUUUACUCUUGAUGAACUCACACAUUUGUGUCUUGUCUAUGGUGAGCUCAAGCCGCCUCCCGCAUUCAGAGGAUUUGAAAGGCUUGUCAGACUUGAUCUUUUUAAUGUCUUCAUUUCAGCUGGAGAAUUCAAAAGUUUUAUCUCUAAAUGUCCAAUGCUUGAGUAUAUGAAACUGGAGAGCUUUGGUACCAAAGCAAUUGGAGACCUCGAGAUUGACGCUCCUAAUCUCAAGUUCUUUUCCUACCGGGGCAGACUCAGUUCAAUUUGUUUCAAAAAUACAUUGCUUCUUGCAGAAAUGACGAUGACUUCUCACAGACUUAAAAGCCUUCAUGAUCUUCAGAUGCCAAAUGAUUUUGCAAAAUUCGAGCCCAACGAUAGUAAUGUUGUCAGGAUUCUUGGUCAACUCCCAUCCAUUACAAAACUGACAGUUAAUAGAGACUUUCUGCAGUACUUGGCUGGAGGUGGAAGUGGAGAUGGUGUGCCGAAGAAACUCCCAAACGACCUUAACCAUAUGAGGCUUCUUACUUUUUGGAUCAUUAAUUUGAGUACCAUAGCUGAAGUGACUUGUGCACUUUGCUUGAUCAGAAGCUCUCCAAAGUUGCAGAGUCUUACAAUUACGGCAUUAGGCUUGCGUAAUCCGGAGAACUUGAAGACUGCUGCUGAAUUUAUCAAGGCACAACAAGAAUGUGAAAUUACUCUCAGUAGCCUGGAAAACAUAAACAUCCGAAACUUCUCAGGUCUGGAACCUGAAAUGGAAUUUGUGAAGCUUCUUCUGUCGGCGGCAACUGCACUCAGGAAGCUGGAAAUCAUCACUAAAAAUAGUAAUGUUUCAGGAAAAGCCCGACCUGAGAUUUUUGAAGAGUUGGUGAGCUCCCGUCGAGCAUCAGUGCAAGCUGAGAUCAUAGUUCGAGAUUUUGAUCAUAUCUAAAAGAUUAAGCUCUGGUUUAUCAACCAGCUCAAAAUUCCAAUGGACAAUGCUUUAUUGCUCUUCUGAAACCUGUUUUCAGGAUUUACUCCAUUUUGCUAUUGCUCUUUGCUUCU